CAGCGCGCAGCGGCGGCAGGAGGGAGCGGCUCUGGUCGAGCGACAUAGACAGAGAGUGGAGGUGAGAGUGAGAGAGAAAGCGGCGGAGCGGACGGGUGGAUGACUACAGACAGUCAGGAUGCGUGAAUACAAACUGGUUGUUUUAGGAUCAGGAGGAGUCGGCAAGUCAGCUCUGACUGUCCAGUUUGUUCAGGGAAUCUUUGUGGAGAAAUACGACCCAACGAUAGAGGAUUCCUACAGGAAGCAAGUCGAGGUCGAUGGACAGCAGUGUAUGUUGGAGAUCCUGGACACAGCAGGAACAGAGCAGUUCACGGCGAUGAGAGACCUGUACAUGAAGAACGGUCAGGGCUUCGCUCUGGUUUACUCCAUCACGGCUCAGUCGACCUUCAACGACCUUCAGGACCUCCGAGAGCAGAUCCUCAGAGUGAAGGACACCGAGGACGUUCCCAUGAUCCUGGUUGGAAAUAAGUGUGACCUGGAGGUGGAGCGUGUGGUGGCCAAAGAGUCAGGCAUCGGCCUUGCCCGCCAGUGGAACUCCUGCGCCUUCCUUGAGACUUCGGCCAAGAGCAAGAUCAACGUCAAUGAGAUCUUCUAUGACCUUGUGCGACAGAUUAACAGGAAGAGUCCAGUUCAAGGGAAAACUCGCAAAAAGUCCAACUGUCAACUUCUCUAAUGACAGUUUUCUCCUUACCUGACCGACAACCAACCAACCAAUCACAGGACAUCUUCCAGCUGGCCACGCCCCUUUAACACAGCCAUGUCAUCAUCAACAUCAGCCACCUCUGACCUCUGUUCCCGUGACAACCACAUCUCCCAUUCCCUCACCAUACAGUCUCAGAGACUGUUGCCUUGGAAACAUUAAAACCAAACAUCAAAAGACUGCAGCGGCGGCAAUGAUGAUGAUGAUGAUAAUGAUGAAGAUAAGGAUUCUGCUGUUGCAGGAAUGGGGGCUGUCCAAACUACGGUUCCCAUCAUGCUCUCUGCUAGGCCAUUUUGUGCUGGGGAGUGGCUUCUUGCUUUUACUUUUAAAUGUUUCUUUCCUUUCUUUAUCUUUUACUUAUUUUCCAGCAGCCCCGAGUCAUUCACACGCAAUUUGACCACUUUACUGUCAGCCAUGUUGUUGCCACAGUGAUGUCACGGCUAACACGGCUGACUCUGUGUGUGUGUGUGGCUCUGGUUUAACCUGUGGAUCAUUACAGUGAUUAUUAUUACGGUGGUUAUUAUUAUGAUUCUGUGUGAAAAGAUAUAAAAGUCAUUUAAUGUUUUUGUUUUUUUGAUUUUUGGGUUCGGGGGCGGGGGGUUAGGGAGUGCAGCAGGUCACGCAGGUCAGCUCACCUUGUUCCUAACUUUGAGCUAACUUAAGUUAGCUGACAGCUAUGGGAGUGAAUUGGCAAACUUACUAUCCAAAUUCGCUAUUUGUACGGUGACAGCCUUAUUAGCAUGUUAUUAGAGACGGUUAAUGUGGACACAUAGCUGUGUGCGAUGCAUUCAAAGUACAGUGAGCUUUCUGUGGUGUUAGCAUUACCAGUAUAUCCCCAAAGAAACUGAUGUUAGCUCUUGGCCACCGGCUAGUUCUUAGUCCCUGUUGCAGAUGAAAUGCUUUGGCAUUGUUAGGAGGGAAUGCUAACUAUGCUAACACACUUUUUGUGUAUGCUACUUUUAGCUUUGGGCUAGCUUGUUAGCCUAGCAGCUUGUAAAAUGCAUUAGAAAUAUUGUGAACAAAUUAUGCUACUUGUGUGGUGUUAGCUUUGCCCCCAAAUAUUUUGAUGGUAGCUAUUAGCUAAGGGCUAGCUCCUAGUCGUGUGAGCAAAAGAAAUGCUGUGACGUUUUUGGGAGGGAAUGCUAACUUUGCUAACACAUGUUUAUGUAUUCAUAGCUUUGGGCUACUUUGUUAGCCAAGCAGCUAGUUAAAGACUUUCUUAGCAUUGUCAGCAACAACACCUCUACAGUGCUGAAUGUGGGAUGUUAGCAUUAAUAGCAUAUUCUCAGAUUGAUGGUAGUUUUAGGCCAUGGCUAGUUCCUAGUCCUAGUAGCAAAUGAAAUGCUUUGGUAUUGUUAGGAAGGAAUGCUUACUAUGCUAACACUCUUUUUGUGUACUAAUGGCAUUGGGCUAUUUGUUAGCCUACAUUUUAAACAUUGUGAACAAAUUAGGCUGCGUGUGUGGUGUUAGCAUUAUUAGGAUAUCCCCAAAGAAGUUGAUGGUAGCUGUUGGCCAAGGGCUAGCUCCUAGUCUCAGUUGCAAAUGAAAUUGUUAAGAGGAAAUGCUAACUAUGCUAACACACUGUUUGUGCACUUAUAGCCAUGGGCUAUCUUGUUAGCCCAGCAGCUAGUAAAAUACAUUCAAAACAUUGUGAGCGACAACACUUUAGCAUUAUUAGCCCACGCUAAAGAAACUGAUGGUAUCUUCACAAAUAGGAUGAUGGUUGCUGUGAGUUAGCGUGUCAGCUAGCUGAGAGCUAGCUUGUAAAUAAGGAACAGCUUACAGUGCCAAACAGGCUGUUUGUAAACAGUGUUGAGUUUCAAAACAUCACAGAUGAAUAACAACGCCACAAUAUCAAAGAAACAAAUAAACAACAGUAGCUGCGAGCUAACUUGUUACUUUAGCAGCACGGUGAGCUGACCCUUGACCUGCUGCUCAGGGCGGACAUGUUGCCUUUAGACAGCAGACUCACACUGGUCCAGUACCUUCUUCAUGUGAGUGUGUGUGUGUGUGUGUGUGUGUGUGUGUGUGUGUGUGUUUGUUUGUUUGUUAGUGUGUGUGAGCUGCAUAACAACUAUGAACCACGCCAGUUUCUGUGAUGACCUUUUUGGCCCGGGGGGGGGGGGUUUGAGUUAUAUUAUUGAGCAGGGCAGCCAGCAGCUGUUGUUUCUGUAUUAUUAACCACAUUAUUACCUGCUUAUUAAUGUUAUUAACACAUCUCGGGGGGAGCACUGAAUUAUCUGUCCUUUCACUGAUGGGCAUAUAUUAAAGUAUUCAGCUCUGGAGGACCAACGGUGGCCUCAGAAAGUUCGAGCUGGUCCAUUGGGUCACAUGUUUCAUGCUAAGGGACUGUUCUUUACCUGUCAGUGGAGGGGGUGGCUGGGGUGUGACUUCGUUUUUGUUUGUUUGUUUUUAUUUAUUUAUUUUGACCCUCCCCGAAGCUUCAUAAGAAUGAAGUGAUUUUGAUGAAAUAUCACUAUUUUAAGCUCAGAUUGUUUUUUGUUUAUUUUCAGAAGCGUUUGUCGCACGUGAUUUGUCCAAGGACUGUCAGAAAUGUGAAAAUCCGUUGAUAGUUUUUGUUUUUACAGUUUCUGGCGGUGAUGAAUGGUUUUAUUUUGGCACUUUUCUUUAAAAUAAAUACAGAACACAACUAUUUAAAGUUGUUUGCCCCUCCCCUCAGCCCAAAUGAAAAACUUAAGUCCCUCCCCAGUGCUUAACAAGAUAUUUGACAUGCCCCCGCCCCUCAUAAAUAACGAACAGUCCCUAAAACUUUAGCUCUCCGGGUUGAGUGUUAGCAGCUUAAAGCUAACAUGCUAAAGUGUUAGCCACUGACACCUGGAUUUUGGAGUCUUUAUUCCCAUCAGUGAAAGAAGAAAGUUGGCCUAAAAUCUCUGAGACGUAUUUCCUUUGAGGAGGUUGGGCUUAAAGCGGAAGCCCCGCCCCUGUGCAUUAGUGGGCGUGGCCUGUGAAGCAGCAGCCACAGAAAGCCUUUGAAUAUCUGUCUUUGUCUGAAAUGUGAGAGUGGUCAUCUUACAGAUACAGUAUGUUGGACCAGUGACCUCUGUGAGUACUGCUGUGCACAGUGUAGUACUAUCGGGAGUACCGCGGUACAGUGUGGUACUGCUGUCAGUAUUCUGGUUCUCCUGCAGUACGUUCAGUCAUGUAGCAUGUUGAUGUUUCUGUCAGUACUCAGUCUGACCUCCAGGAGGUGCUGCGACAGUUUGCAUGCCAAGCAGAAGCUUCCAGGUGAAAGGUCUGUUUGCGGCUGUGGUGAGGCAUUCCUGGCGUGAUUAAAACAUGUAGUAUAAAUAUUGCCAUCAGCUCAGUGGCCGAUGCAGCACCUGGAUGAUGUGCUUGCCAGUCAGAUCAACACCUGCCGCAGCUGCAGACAGAUCUUUCUGGCUUCCACAGUAACACAGACUGUGGUGGCAUUCGUCAUUUCGUGUGACUUCUUGGGCUGUAACGGUUGACUGCUUUGGCUAAACUCUUCUAGUGAUUAUGUAGUUUUGUCUUAAACGUUUGGCAGAUCUAAAGGCCUCAGCAUGCUUCAGAAGAAGUUGAAUGAUGUGUUUUCUAAAGGCAAAAGUUUUCUUUCUUUCUUUCUAGACACUUGGCAUUGAGUAAGAAGUUAAAAACUUGGCAUCAGAUGCUUUCGUUUGAAGCAUACAGAGGCCUUAAAGGGAUGGUUAGGAUUUUUUGAAGUGGGGUUUUAUGAGAUACUUAUCCAUAGUCAGUGUAUUACAUGCAGUAGAUGCUCAUUAACAGUUUGGAGAAGCAGGCUGGAGUACUGACACAGGAUCUAAGCAGUGAGCUGCUGUGGAUGGGGGCCACAGCAAAAUAUAUUUUAGCCACCUAAAAAAAAUCUAUCACAGAUUAAGUGUACGCUAUACUGAGAUUAUUUUCACCACUUUACCUUCUGUCAGACAGCCCGUUCCAAUUGGGAAGCCGUUGCUUUUUAUUUCCAUGUAUGCUCUCUCCAAAGCCACCAAACUCCAUUCCCUAAAACUGUAAUUUUAGCUUGCAGAACACAGGAGCUGCUGCUCCACCGCUGCCUCGAUCAGGUAGUUAGUUUGUGUUAUUGUGUGACCUCGGUGAGUCCAAAUUGACCCUUUUAAACCCCAAUAACACUAACUAACUGUUCGAGGCAGCAGUACACCAGAAGCUCACAUGCAGUGAUGUUGAAUCACUGUUUUUCUCAAAGGAGUCUGGCUUUGAAGAGGGUGAUAUAACAGCUUCAGUUCCCCAUCGAAAGUUGCUGUCUGAUGGUAAGGUUAAGCAGUGAAAAUACUCUAAGUAUAGAGUAUAUUAAAACUGAUUUUGAUUGUUUUAUUUGGGACUUUUUUAGGGAGUUGAAAUAUGUUUUAUUGCUGACCCCGACAUAGCCGUACAUUACUUAGCUUUGGUUGUACUCCUGCUGCUUCUCCAAACUGGGGGCGUGCCGACGGACAUCUACUUAUCUACUAAUACACUGGCUACAGAUAAGUACCUCAUACUGCCCCACUCUAAAAAAUCGUAACUAUCCUGUGAACGUCCAUGAUAAACUGAGGCAUAUUUGUUCACUUUGUAUAGAGCUAGGCUAGCAGUUUCCCUCUGCUUCCAGUCUUUGUGCUAAGCUAGGCUAAACACAUCUUGGACCUGUGUCUGUACUUAAACUGAUUAUGAUCUUCUGUAAAAACGGCUCCUACACUGAAUAGAAGUUGCACCGAAAUGACGACUGCAGCCUCAGCCAAAAUGCAAACUGAAACGAUUCAUUUAAAGAAGAAAUUAUUUUACAUUACUGAAAUAAAUCUGCUUCUUUUUUCUCUGUAUGGCAUGAUGACCAGUGAAAUGUAAAAGGAACCAGUUCAGCCAGCGCACGUGUCAGGUUAAAUUUCCACUUUGCUGAAUCAUCAGGGUUCGGCAGUCGUUGGGGUUUAAAACUGGUAUGAACGUUGGUGCGAACUGGUUUCUUCCAGUACAGAAACCCACAGCAGCAGCGGGAGGUAGGGGAGGGGGGGGAGGGGGGGUGAAGCCAAAUGUAAAGUAAAAACUAAAAAGCCUUAAAUGAAUAAAGUGGUGCAAUUUUGUAACAGCAA